UGGGUGGAGAUGCGGACCAAGAUGCGCAUCAUGGGCUUCCGGGGCACAGCCAUCAAGCCGCUGAACGAGGAGGCUGCGGCCGAGCUGGGCGCCGAGCUGCUGGGCGAGGCCACCAUCUUCAUUGUGGGCGGUGGCUGCCUGGUGCUGGAGUACUGGCGCCACCAGUCGCAACAGCGCAACAAGGAGGAGGAGCAGCGCGCAGCCUGGAACUCGCUGCUGGACGAGGUGGGCCGCCUGGCCCUCGCCCUGGAUGCCCUGCAGACGCAGGUCCAGGCCCUGCCCUCGCCGAGCGCUCUGGAGGAGCUGCAGGUACAGCUGCAGGAAGUGCAGGCCCAGCUCUGCGCCCCCGACGGACCUCCCUCCGCACAGAAGUCCUCGGCCACCCGGGCAGCACCUAGCACCCAAGCCGAAGCCAUGCGGGAGAAGUAG